AUGACUAUUCUCUCUGCACGUCUUUCUUCCUCCAGUCUCGACUACUUUCCGGCGCGGCUGAACACUUCACUGAAUGCUGGGCGGUAUACCAUUCUGCGCAAGCUUGGCGAAGGCGUGUCAUCUUCCUGCUGGCUUGUCGAAGAUGGGGAGGGCGAAGAAGGAUACAAGUACUUAGCUACGAAAAUCUUGACGAUCGACGCUACGAAGCGACAUGAAGCUAGUGUUUCACACGAACUCGAGUUCCUGAAGGAGAUCGAGGCGCGUAACGACACUGAUUUUCUUCCCUUGCUUCGAGAUCACUUUAUCGAACAAGGACCCCGAGGCAAGCAUUUAUGUCUCGUUCAGGACCCGUACAGUACAUCUGUAUCAUCUCUACGACAAUCCGCGCCCCACCAGGCUCUUCCUAUAUACAUGGUGAGGAAUGUCGUCGCAAUGGUUCUCGAUGCUCUCGCACAGCUGCACGCUAUGCGCAUCGUCCAUACAGGUGUCAAGCUUGAUAAUCUCCUCGUUGGCAACUCGCUUUACUCCUUGGAUGACGAUCUACAAAAAUACCUUGAAGCGAAUCCCGGACAGGUUGAAGUACAAGUACGACUUGGGAGAGCGAGAUACCCAGCUGUCACACCUCAGCCAAUCCCGAACCAUUACGUGUGGGACACAAACGCGUUUGAAGCAGAAACGAUGAUUAUCUAUCUGACGGGCUUCAGUCAUGCUCAGCGAGCCGGUGAACAGCCAACUGCCGACUGCUUUGGUGUACUUGAGCUCCGUGCACCAGAGACGAUUCUUCAAUCGGACUUCGGGCCAGGGGUGGAUAUCUGGGCCGUCGGGUGUAUCACGUUUGAACUCCUAGUAGGCCGGGGGCUUUUCAACCCAGAGAAAGGAGAGGGUUGGACGCUUGAGGACAAUCAUUUAGCGAAGAUGAUCGAGCUCACAGGCCAGACUUUUCCAGAUAAGAUGCUUGGGCGUGCCAAGCUCCGCGAGGACUACUUUGAUAAUGCCGGUAACCUUUUACGAGCACCCGAGCUGACACCAGUCAGUUUGGAGGCGGCCAUGGCGAGCUACAAGAUUCCCAACCUUUCGGAGGACGAGAUUCAUUUGGCAGCGGAUUUUAUUAGGGCUUGUCUGAAGUUUGAUCCUGAGGAGCGAGCGACAGCGGAGGACUUGCGAAUGCACAAGUUUCUAGCGAACGCGUUUAGGUGCUAG